AUGAUUUGCAGGACAUGUCUGCGGCGAGCCCCGGCUCUGCCCCGCCUCCAAACCCCCAGCGCCGGCGCCCUCCUCAGACCCUUCUCCCUCUCCGCGCCGACGAGAAACGCCGCUACCGCCGCGCCCGAUGCCGCGCCAGCACCCCCCGCCAACCCGGCCGCUCCCCCGAAGCUGUCCAACGUGAAGGAGGAGACCCUCAAGACCCCCGCGAAGCCCGUCUCGUCGUGCCCCGCCGGCACCGUCUUCAACGGCCUGAACUACAUCAAGGGCAAAUCCGACCCCGUCGCCCUCCCCGACGAGGACUACCCCGACUGGCUAUGGACCUGUCUCGAGGCCAAGAAGGAAGUCACCGAGUCCGUGGAAGAUCUCGCCGCCGAGAUGUUCUCGAAAUCCAAGAAGCAGCGCAAGAUCGCCGCCAAGCGCCAGAAGGUCCUCGAGGCCAAGCUUCUCGCCUCGGGCGACGUGGAGGCCCUCGCCCCCAAGGUCCCGCUGUCGCAGCAAUCCAUCAACUUGCCCGGAGAGAAGGGCGGAGACGUCGAGCACAACCUCCACGCACUGGAGAAGAGAGAAGCCCUGCGCAAGGCGAUGCGCAAGGAGCGCAAGGCCAAGAUCAAGGAGACCAACUACCUCAAGUCCAUGUAA